UGUCCCCCACCGUUAUAGAAUUAUUAUGUCCAAGAACAGGUGGACAGGCUACAUAUCUUUUCGCUCCGCAUAUCAAACAUAAUGUGAAAGAAAAUGAAGACACAGCACAACUCGAUGACAAUACGCGUCGGUGGUUGGUGUUGGGAAGACUGCAUUCCGAAGAGGGACCGAUUGCCCAUCAAUGAGAGUAAAUAGGUGUCAGGCAAACUGGAAACAUCACAGGGACGUGGAAUUAUGCGUCUCAUUUAGCUACAGCUCCCCCCCAUCGAAUGAACCAGUACCUGGCUUGACUUUGCUUCGAUGGGAUACGUGUGCAGCGAAAUACAUUUUCCUGCCAUUUCUAAUUGUGAAUUAGGUUUCCUAUUUGUUAGAAAAUUCCUAUUCAACACGUUGCUGACGAGCAAGACUUCGGCGGGCCAUUUAUUCACAUCAUCUUGUUACUUGGGAUGACUUGUCCGUGUGCCCCACCCUUGAUCGUCCCCCUACCACCGCUCACCAGCUCCUGAGUUCCUGCCCGCCAGUCCAGGGGCCAGAGUGCUGAUUGGUCCCUGAGAGAGUGAGGCUGUCCGGGGGCCAGAGUGCUGAUUGGGCCCUGAGAGAGCGAGGCUGUCCGGGGGCUGAUGAGGAGGUUUGUGUACUGCAAGGUGGUUCUGACCACCUCUCUGGUCUGGGUGCUGGUGGACGUGUUCCUGCUCCUCUACUUCAGCGAGUGUAACAAAUGUGACGACAGGAAGGACCGCUCACUGCUGCCAGCUCUCAGAGCUGUCAUAUCACGAGGCCAUGAAGGCCCCGGGGAGAUGGGCAAAGCCGUGGUCAUCUCCAAGGACGACCAGGAGAAAAUGAAAGAGCUCUUCAAGGUCAACCAGUUUAACCUGAUGGCCAGUGACCUGAUAGCUCUGAACAGGACCUUGCCGGACGUGCGUCUGGAUGGCUGCAAGGCGAAGGUGUACCCUGAUGACCUCCCCACAACCAGCAUCGUCAUAGUGUUCCACAACGAGGCGUGGAGCACCCUCCUGCGUACCGUGCACAGCGCCAUCAGCCGCUCGCCACGCCGCCUGCUGCUGGAGAUCCUGCUGGUGGACGACGCCAGCGAGAGAGACUUCCUGAAGCAGAAGCUGGAGGACUACGUGGGCUCCCUGGAGGUGCCCACGCGGGUCCUGAGGAUGGGGCAGCGCUCGGGGCUGAUCAGGGCGCGGCUCCGCGGGGCGGCGGCCACACGCGGACAGGUCAUCACCUUCCUGGACGCCCACUGUGAGUGCACCACCGGCUGGCUGGAGCCUCUGCUGGCCAGGAUCAAGGAGGAGAGGAGUGCGGUGGUGUGUCCCAUCAUCGACGUGAUCAGUGACGACACGUUUGAGUACAUGGCAGGGUCAGACAUGACCUACGGAGGGUUCAACUGGAAGCUGAACUUCCGCUGGUACCCCGUCCCUCAGAGAGAGAUGGACCGACGCAAAGGAGACAGAACGCUGCCUGUCAGAACCCCCACCAUGGCAGGGGGCCUGUUCUCUAUCGAUCGCAGCUACUUUGAAGAGAUCGGAACAUACGACCCAGGGAUGGACAUCUGGGGGGGGGAGAACUUGGAGAUGUCUUUCAGGAUCUGGCAGUGUGGAGGCUCUCUGGAGAUUAUCACCUGCUCCCACGUGGGUCAUGUGUUCCGCAAGGCCACGCCCUACAGCUUCCCAGGAGGCACGGGGCAGGUGAUCAACAAGAACAACCGCCGCCUGGCCGAGGUGUGGAUGGAUGACUUCAAAGACUUCUUCUACAUCAUCUCACCAGGUGUGGUGAGGGUGGACUACGGUGACGUGUCUUCUCGGAAGGCCCUCCGGGAGGCACUAAAGUGCCGGCCCUUCUCCUGGUACCUGGAGCACAUCUACCCUGACUCCCAGAUCCCACGCAGAUACUACUCACUGGGUGAAAUUAGGAACGUGGAGACCAACCAGUGUGUGGACAACAUGGGGCGGAAGGAGAAUGAGAAGGUCGGUUUCUUCAACUGCCACGGGAUGGGGGGCAACCAGGUGUUCUCCUACACAGCCGAUAAGGAGAUCCGUACAGAUGACCUGUGUCUGGAUGUUUCCCGCCUAAACGGACCAGUGGUCAUGCUGAAGUGUCACCACAUGAAGGGCAACCAGAUGUUUGAGUAUGAUGCUGAGCGGUUGACCUUGCUGCACGUGAACAGUAACCAGUGUCUGGACAUGCCUUCGGAGGAAGACAAGCAGAUUCCCACCCUGAGGGACUGCUCCAGCUCUCGCUCCCAGCAGUGGCUGCUCCGCAACAUGACCCUGAACAUCUGAAGGCUCUGCCCCUGCACCUCAACCCCCCUUCACCCCCUCCACCCCCAUCCCCUCCACCCCCAACUGUCCAGACUUGUGCUCGGCUGCAGGGCUGGGUGGGGGAGUUUCUGUGGGGAGGGGUAGGAAAGUUCCUCACACUAUGCUGUCCAAAGCUCUAAUCUACCUGGUACUUUGUACAUAAGGUGUUGUCCCACUCUGCCAGGAGAUGCUCCAUGACCCUCCCUGAAACACUGUGCUGCACGUCCCAGCUUCAUAUCAGACGAGAGCACAUCACAAGGACCUCCAGUAUCAGGACUGCGUCCAGGACCGCGUCCAGGACCGCGUCCAGGGCCGCGUCCAGGGCCGCGUCCAGGACCGCGUCUAGGACCGCGUCUAGGACCGCGUCCAGGACUUCGGAUGAUGUUAAAAUCAAAAGCGUUCAUAUUAAUGCCAGUGUAAGACAAUGGCCUGGACACCAGAUGUCCGUGGUGACACGGAGAUGCUGUGACACCAGAGACAAUCACCCCUCAUCUCUCUGUUGCAGGAGUGGGUGGAGAGAUGCAUCUUCUCAGACUAUGAUUGGUACAGUUUACUUUGAGAGUAUCACGUCUACUGGGGAUCCUUGGAUAAGUUAAGGAGAAAGAUGCUACUGUUCAUGCUUUCCGCUCCAAAACUCUCGUUUGAUUUAGUAUCUCAGACUUCUUCGAGGCAUCAUUAUGAGAGAUACUAAGGUACAGUGUAUCAAGCACAUCAUAUCACAAUGUUAUGAAGCUCAUGCUUAUACCAUCCAUAUGAAGGUGUUUUUUACAGUAACAAUCUAGUUAAAUGAUUUAUAGGCCUAAUUAUUUGUGUGUGCCACUAUGUGUGAAUGUUGAUUUAUUUCCCUUGAUUGGUCUAAAGAUUAUUUUUAUUGUAAUAAAAUAAAAAACGUUGUGGCAUCUGUAGAUAAAUGAAAACAUACUAAAAAGGUAAAAUUCAUAUUUGGUAUUCUAACAUAAUAUAACAAAACAUGAACAUUAAACCACAUCACAUAGUAUAAUGUCAUCUGUCAGUCAAAAUCAUCUUAUUUUAGCCCCAAAGGAAAAAGAAUAGCGAUUCCUAGUCUUCCUCCAUCCACAACAAUUACCGUUCCUGUCAGUCACUGUUAGCUAGGGUUAGGGUUAGGUCCAGUAAAGAAGACUGGAACCAGGCUGGCAGUGUGUGUUUAAUCAUUAUUGUUCCUGUAAAUACAGAAACAAUUAUUUUUCUAAGAUGCUGUAAAACUUGAACUCUGUCUUUGAAGCGAGGAUGUUAGAGGGUGAUGAAUGUUGGUGCACUGUAGUGUUAUAUUGGAAAUACUGUAUGAAAGUACAAAGUGUCUCGAUCUUCAUCUAAAACACCAACCCUCCUGUGUGCUGACCUGAGACCUGUUACAGUGAGAACAUGGAUCACAUGAUGGAUCACAUGAUGGAUC